AUGUUAAUCGGCUAUCGAACAGUUAACGAAGAAGAAGCCUUUACCACCAAUCUAGACAACAAGCCAUUCAGCGUCAGAUGGACCGAGGAUGAAGAUCCAAACGUGUUUCAAUUGGGAUAUGGCUACUACUUGACAAACAAGCCGGGUAGCUGGCCGGGGAGGCCAGGCCGCGAAAAGUGGGUUUGUGUUAUCGAAGCGAACCUGGAAUUGAUGAAAGCAGUGAGGAAGAUCUGGGUCCCGGAAUACUGGACGGAAGAGGUCUCGUAUGCCACAUAUGAGGAAAAGGUCCUCUGGAACACCCCAGAAAAAGACAUCUUGAAUUAUAUCCAUGCGGAGCUGCCCGACGUCGACGCCACAAAGGUGCUACGGUUCUCGUAUAUUAGUCGCUUCGGGAGCAAUCUGCAGAUGGUCAUCCCCAUCGAUGUUGUCGACGGGGAUACCUUGGAUUUCUACGCUACAUGCUAUGAAACAGAAGAAGAGCUGGCGAGCUAUGUGAACCAAGAGGUGCCUUGGGGGAGAUGGCGGGAUAUAGCUGGACAUCCUGGAAUGCCUACCUAUCAAUGA